AUGGCGAACGCGCACCCUCACUCACCCCGUUCUCGUCCGCGGCUCUGCUUCUGUGUUACAGAGGUCCUGCCCUCCUCCACCUCCGUAGACCUGUCGGGCACGGAUUCAGCCUUGUACCCGUUCGACCCACAGCAGGAGAACUACCAGGAGAUCUGGUUGCCACCGACCAGUAUGUACCCCUAUUUUCUGUUCCCCGGGACCGCGCGCACCCCGCCGUACUACGACCCCGACAGCACGUACGACAUACGGGAGCCCGGCGACCGCUACCAACACCAUCACCGUCACGGCGAUCGACAUCAUCACCAGGAAGCGCCGGAGCUGCCCGGCAGGCCAGCUGUCCUCGUUGUCGAGGCGUACGAUCCUCGGACCGAUUCGGACCGGUACGAAACCGAUAUGAAUCGGUUUGAGGAUCGCGCGGGAACCUCGCGACCAGGCCAUGAUCGCGCCUCCGGCACAGUGCACCUGCAGCCCCAAAGCGAGCAUGACGCGCACCCGCACCAGCAUCGGCACCAUCACCAACAGCACCAGCACCAUCGUCAGCACCUCGCACUACCCGCACCACCGUCCGUCGUCGCGACGCUGUCGUCGUCGUCGGCGGGCUCGUACGCGCCGGCAGCUGCUCGUCCCACGCCUACCGUGUUGGACGAGCCGUUGGGGGCCCACGGGCCCGGCCAUGCCGAACCGCCGCGGCUGCCGGCCCCGAGGAAGUUUGCGCCUAGGCCCACCUACGAGCACCGCGCGAUCUUCGACCGCGCCGACGACGACCUCGAUGACCUCGAAAUCAGGCCAGCCGCGCCGCCCGUCGAUCGGAUCUUCGAUUUCCGCGAAGAGUUCGUCGAUCAAGUGAAGGUCAUCGCUCAUCCGGACAAUUCCACCAGCUUCGAGGUGAUUGAAUCGCAGUUGGAAAAUCCAUUGAUCGAUGCCAAACAUCGGGAUCUAUUCAACAUGAAGCAGAUCCCCAUCCCGGUUGGUCAUCAUCAUCGCACUCAUCACAAGAGAAACCAGACAGAUGAUUUCGAACACUCGGGUAUGGAGCCACCGUCCUCUACAUCAGACAUCGAUAAGAUACAACAGCCGGUGAAAUUGAUCUUAUCCAGCACGUGCCAUCAUGCUUACACAUCCUGCAAAAAUGAUCCGGAAUGCAAGAAUCUGCUGGAACCCGUUCUGAACCACUGCGACUCGACGACGUGCGCGAGAAACGAAUGCAUGGAAGCAUUGCAGCAUUUCUACAAGACCGCCAAUCACAAGCAUUCCGUGGAAAUUGCCUUCUGCCUUUGCAGGAAAACGGACAACAAAAAGGACGAGUGCAUAGUGGCGCAAGAGAAAAUGCAUCCAACUUGCGCGCAACGCAUAGACGGCGCCGAAAUGCCAACGUGUCAUAGUCUAGCCGAGACUUGCAAAGAGAACAGGAGUUGUAGACUUAGACUAGAGUAUUACGAACAGAGUUGCGCGGUCGACAGCAUGACGAAGAAAUGCGCCGGACCAACCUCCGAGUGCAGAAAAGCGAUGCUGGGCAUUCUGGGUACUGAACUUCAUACUAAUUGCGCUUGUAAGGGCACCGAACUUAACCAGUUAUAUGGCUGUCUGGGUUGGCAGCGGCUUCUCUGGGUGAACCCUUGCGUAGUGGAAUCGCAGAAGGACUACCACGCACGUAGAAAGCACCAUCAUUCGCGAACAACAACAGCGAAGACAAUGACGGCGGCCGUCGCAUCAACGACGAGAUCACCGGCGAGCACGACGGCGACCACCGCAGUCGAACAAGUGGAAGAUAAUCAAAUACCGGAAGUGACGAGGUGGCCGACCACCGAACCCACGGAAACUUGGGAAAUCACAACCACUACUAUAAGCACCACUCCGAGCACAACCACAACCACCACGCCGACACCACGUGAGUGGAUAGACAAAUUAGAUAGAUCGCCUCCGGGUGAAAUACGUUGGAAAAAGAAGUUUAUAAAGGACUGGAGAAAUAAACUGGCGAAAAAGACAGCUUCUCACGUCACUCUCUUUAUAGGCUUCUGCGUGGUUCAAAGGUCGAAUACGCACAGUCAGCAAUACAUAAGGGAAGGCAAGGGCAAAAGGCUUUAUCGUGAAGACGAGCCCGAAUGCUCAGAACUGUGUGUCUGUGCUGAAGGUGAACAACUCGUUUGCAACACCUUGUGCGUCGAAACGUUACCCUGUAAGACGGAUUUCGCUUUCUACAAUCAUGAAGCACCAGCCUACCAAGCGCAUCGAGGUCCUUGCCUUUGUUAUAGCGGCGGCUUUAUAUGCAUGCGGCCUUCGCCCGACACAUAUAGUAUACCGCACGGGGUUUUCAUGUUCCUGGGAUACAGCGAGAAGGACGAGACCUUAUUGAAGCAGUACAACAAUGUGACCGUGCUGGACGCGGUGUCAUCUCUCGAUAAUUUCAUGAGAAAGGAAGUCAAUAAUCAGACAGUAUGCACACUCUUCUUGUACAAUGCGACCCGAGAAAACGUGAUCGCAGUGGCACGACUCGGGACCGACAAUCCACCCUUAAAUAGCAGCCAGGCUCAAAGUCUGCAACACCUGCUACGCGUCAAGGAGGAGUGCGCAUCGAUGAUGCAAGAUCUCAGCGACAAGAUCAACAAUAAGCAUCACGAGGUACGCACGCAUCCGCUACUCUCGAUCUUCAAAAUGGCCGAGGUUGAGGUGAAGAUGCCGUACAGCAACGAAGCGGCGAUCUCUAGGUCGUCAUCAGUGCUCCUUGUUGUUUUGUUUGCAAUCAACUUCUUUGGAUCGACUUGCCUUUUUGGUUCGUGA